GCGCAUGUAGGAUCGGAAUUCGAUUCCGAUAUUGCAGUGUUUGCCUUCCUUGAAUCAACUUUGCCAGCAGAAUUGUUAAGUUAAAGUGAAGAAAAAUGGCCGAGCAACCCUACGGGAACGUCCCGCUCUUUCGAGAGUUGACGGCAGAGGACAUGGGGGAUUUGGAAGCUACAGAAAUCGAAAGCCUUUGCUUUAAUUGUCAGGAACAGGGCAUGACAAGACUGCUGUUGACCAAGAUCCCAUUUUUCCGGGAGAUCGUCGUGAUGUCAUUUUCCUGUUCCCACUGCGGCCAUUCCAACAAUGACAUCCAGCCCGCUGGCAGGAUACAGCAAAAAGGCUGUCGGAUCAGCGUCCAAAUUAAGACUCGCAAGGACUUCAACAGACAAGUUGUGAAGGCAGACACGGCCUCCUUAAGAAUUCCAGAGUUGGAGUUUGAAGUUCCUUGUGGAUCCCAAAAAGGCUCUUUUACCACAGUGGAGGGAGUAAUAAGCAGAGCGAUUGAGGGACUGGAACAAGAACAGCCAAUUCGCAAGGCAAUGUAUCCGGAGGUGGCUGCACAGAUUGACGAGUUCAUCACCAAACUCAAGAACCUUGAACCGCCAUUCCACCUGAUCCUGGAUGACCCAGCAGGAAACAGCUUCAUUGAGAACCCCAACGCUCCCGAGACGGACCCUGAUAUGACCAUCAACAUGUACGUCAGGACCAGAGACCAGAACAAAGGCCUAGGACUCGCGGUUGAAGAGGAGACAGAUGCUGUGCAUGAGGAGGAGGAGGCGGAGGGGGAGGGACAAGGGGAAGGGGAGGAGCCAGCUGAAGCAUCUGACUCAUCAGAGCCAACUAACGUUACAGAUGAGGUAUUAGAGUUUGCCGUAACCUGCUCCAACUGCAACAUGCCCACCAAGUCCAGAAUGAAACUUGUCAAAAUCCCAUACUUCAAGGAAGUCAUCCUCAUGGCCUCAAACUGCGACUCCUGCGGUUACAAGGACUCAGAGGUCAAAUCCGGGGCGGGCAUUGAGCCCAAAGGGAGGCGGAUAACUUUGAAGAUGACCGACUCAGCCAUGGAUCUGAACAGAGACGUUUUGAAGUCUGACACAUCGAGAUUCCUAAUUCCCGACCUCAACUUUGAGCUGAUGAUGGGCACCCUGGGGGGCAAGUUUACGACACUAGAGGGCCUCCUAACGGACGUCAGGAAUCAGCUCAUGCGUCCGUACUCCAUGGUGCAGGGCCAGGACAGCGCCCCCCAGGGGUCCGGGACUAAGCUCAAGGAGUUCAUUGACAAGAUUGAUGAGAUCAUAUCCGGUGACCUGCUUGUGUCAGUGGUCCUAGAUGACCCUGCAGGAAACUGCUACAUUCAGAAUGUCUACGCUCCAGACAAAGACCCCGAGUUGACAGUUGAGGAAUAUGAGAGAAGUGAGGAGCAAAACGAUGACUUGGGUAUACUCAACAUGAAAACAGAGAACUACAGAGAAGAUGAAGCAUCGUAACAUCAACAGAUCAACGGUUAAUUAUUUGCAUAAUGUACAUAUUCAUGAAUCCAAUUUACAUUGUGUCUACGCUCCAGACAAAGACCCGAGUUAACAGUUGAGGAAUAUGAGAGAAGUGAGGAGCAAAAGGUGAUGACUUGGGUAUACUCAACGUAAAAACUGAGAACUACAGAGAUGACAAAGCAUCGUGAUGUCACCAACAGAUCAUUGAUUAAUCAUUAACAUAAUUUACAUAAUCAUGAAUUCAGUUUUACAUAAACAUGUAUACGUGUACAAAGGGUAUACAUAUUAUUAACCGAUUUGUCCCUGUACAACACCAAACUGCUUAGUGUAGUACGUUGUGCAUUGUAAUACAAGUGUUAGGGGGUUAUCAAUGCCCAGUAUUCAUCACUGAAAGCUUAUGUAAUGUCUUAACCCUGCGCG